CCGGCGCUCCCGCCACCGCAUGGCCGAGGCUGCCGGCUCCCCGCGCCGCCCCACCGCGGGCAGGUGCGGGGCGAGCGGUGCGGCGGCGGCCCGAGCCCGCUGGCGGCUGCUCGGACAGGUUCUGAGGAAGAAGCACUUGAAAGAUGUGCAUUUCCAACAAGUAUCUGUCAGAAGGUUUGCAUCUUUCAAUCUCUUUUCAAUAGAAGACCAGAGUGCAGAAGAGGAAACUGGGACCUGGGUUCAGUAUAGAAGCAUCUUUUAUCCCAAGUACAGUGUCUCCUUAAGGUUUCACAAUGGCCUCUUAAAUGUUAAAGACGUUCUUACAAGUUUUGACAACACGGGGAAUGUCUGUCUCUGGCCAUCUGAAGAAGUGCUGGCUUACUACUGCCUAAAGCAUAAUGAAAUAUUCAGGGACCUUGCUGUGUGUGAGCUAGGGGGUGGCAUGACAUGCUUGGCUGGGCUCAUGGUUGCUAUUUCUGCAGAUGUCAAAGAAGUUCUGUUAACUGAUGGAAAUGAAAAGGCCAUCAAAAAUGUAAAUGAGAUCAUCACAAGAAACCAAAAUGCUGGAGUAUUUAAGGCUCAGAAGGUGUCAAGCUGCAUGGAACGAUGGGAUAAUGAGACAGAUGUCUCUCAACUGGAAGGACAUUUUGACAUUGUUAUGUGUGCUGACUGCCUGUUUCUGGACCAGUACAGAGCUAGCCUUGUUGAUGCAAUAAAGAGAUUACUCCAGCCCAGUGGAAAAGCAAUGGUAUUUGCUCCACUCCGAGGGAAUACUUUAAACCAGUUUUGCAAUCUAGCUGAAAAAGCUGGUUUCUCUAUCCAAAGACAUGAAAAUUAUGAUGAACACAUUUCGAACUUCCACUCCAAGUUGAAAAAUGAAGAAAAAGAUACAUAUGAGGAAAACCUCCAUUACCCUUUUCUUCUCAUUUUAACCAAACAGAUAUAGAAGAUUACACCUUUUUUUUUAAGAUGGACUGCUGAAAAUUAAUCCAUGUAUGCGGAUGGUCAGGCAGUGUGGAAUGUUGAUUUUCCCCCAUUUAUGUCCCUGAAUCAUCAUCGGAGAAAUAUUUUCUAAUCUAAAUGCUGAGAAAGAUACUGUGGCUCGUUUUGCAGAGUAUAAACAUUGAGACAUCUUUUUUUUUAUCAUUUUAGGAGUUAUUUUUCCCAUUAUAUUCCAGCCUUAAACUGAUCGGACUCCAGAUGUAUGCAUUAACAAAGGUGUAGAGCUGGCUUCCUUCUCUUUUGUGCCUUUAAACUUGCAUGUACUUUGUUGAUCUCUUUAAAUGCUAUUUUGAGGUAUAUUUGAAACUAUAUGGAUAAUAUACUUUGUGGGCUUAGAUAAUUGGUUGUAAAGGAGUGAAUGCAUUGACACUUAAUUAGUAAGGAAAUAGUUGUCUGAAUCUGAAGAUCUUUCUUAAAGUGCACCUAUUGAAUGCUUGUAUUUUGCUGCCUAUUUUUUUUAAUUCCACUGUUGAUUUUUCUAUCCAUGAUUGAAAUGUCCUCAUUUGCUUUAGUGUUGAAGGCUCCUUUUCUAUAUGUGUAUAUGUAUGUUUUUUUCCAGCAGGACUUUUCCUCCUGUAGAUGUAUAAGAAAUUAUGCAUCAGACAAAAGCCUCAUAAACUGACCAUUUGUCCUUUGGACACAAUAGCCUGCCCAGCCCCUCUGCUCCUCCUCUCCAAUUAUGUGUGAUUAGUCUCAGUGUGUUGUGUCAAGAAGGGGGAGUGUGCUGAGUGCUUAUUAUCUGUUUAGGUACAAGAAGAGCACAUUUAGGUUCUGACUAUGAAUGGAAAGUGAGUCUUUAUCAGGACUAAAAUCUAAAUGCUACUAUCCUAGAAAUUGCUUUCAAAAUAACACGUUUUUUUUUUUUUAUAAAUUCCAAGAAACACUGUAAGAACUAAAGGAUUUUAUAAUGUAAUCAAACUGUCUCCCUUGAAUUGGUUUAUAUUGUGAUAUAUUGUCACCCAUAUAUUUGAUAUACACUUAAUGUGUUUUUUCUUGUACAGGAAAAGACAAAAAUCCUACAAAGAAACAGGAGCAGUAUCUGAUUUCUUAACAGUUUAACAGACUGUUUUAAUGACUUCUACCAGUAGCAGUCUUCAAACCAUAACACUUUUAAAAUGUUGAAAAAAGAGAGAGAGGCAGAGACCAUGACUGAGAGAGGAAGGUACUAGCUGCAAGCAAGUGUAGAGAAUCCUGCUGAAAUACAUUAAUUAAAAUAAUUUCAAUUUGACAAUAAGCAUUCUUCCAUAUUCAACCCAUUGGCCAGCAUGUAAACUACAGGCUCCUGAAAGUCCCUUGCACUUCUGCUUCUUCCCAAAUAAAUUUCUUCACUACCAGUUUGCACGUCCUUGUAUUCAGUACUUUUUAUGCUCCAUUAGAGCACCUAGAUGGAUCUCAGAAGGCAUAGGUCAAGUCGCAGUUAGAUCAUACAUUUCUUUCGCACAAAAACUUGAAUUGCAAUGCCAAGUGAUGGGCUAACAUCACAAUAACAGCAAUUUAUUCCUCUUUUGAUAAAAAGCAGCCUAUUCUCGGUGUUAGAUAAAGACCAGGGGCAAUGCAAACCAACCAUUUAUCCUAGAACUGAGUCGUAUAGCUGGUAUGAGUUUCAUAUUCAAACUCCUGUUGGAAAAUAGUUGUGUAGUAAGAAAUCAAAAGCAUUUAGGAGUAAUUUGAAAUUGAUGUGAAGAUGGCUUUAGUGUAAUUAGUUUUGUUUUGUUUGUCCCACACAGCAGUGCCUUUGUUUCUCUAAAAGCAUGUACAAGGAAAUCUUCAUAAUCAACAAAGCAGUGUGGAAAAUAACACAAUAUUAAAAUUUGCAAACCUUUUAUUUUUGAGAGGA